AUGAAUUAUCUUUCUUUAUUAGCUUCAAAAAGUAAAAAGAACAUUUGUACACUGCCCAAGAAAGUGGGAUUUUGUCCAAAGAAGCAUAAACGCUACUACUAUGACUCAAAAUCUCAACAGUGUCUUGAGUUCACUUACAGUGGUUGUGGUGGAAAUAAAAAUCGAUUUCGCACUAAAGAAGAGUGUGAGAGAGUUUGCAAAAUAUCAUCUUCUACCGGAAGUGCUCAGACCACAGUCAAUCCACAAUCUAUGACGAAAUCUUCAAAGAAAGAUAAACGUACAUAA